ACAUAAUCAAUCAAAAAUUGAAGUUAGAAAGAUAUAUAUAUAAGACCCUUACCCAAAAGCAAAACUAGUAUCUCUUAGGUUUGGUGGGGGAGAGGAGAGAAAAAGAGAGAGAACAACAUACCUUACAAUAUUUAAUAUUAUUAUUAUUAGAAAAUAAUAAUAAUAUAUUAUUUGUUAUUUCGAGAAUGCCUUCUCCUCUUCAACUCCACCGCUUCGAUCCUUCCACCGACGCAGCAACCGCCACAGCAACAGCCAUCGCCACCGGCGUCAACUUCCCCAAGGAGCACGCCUUCACGGCAACAGCGUCUCCAUCGCCGCCGUGCCUUCUCCCGGAGGCUCUAGCACGGCACCACGCGCACGGAGUUGGACCGCACCAGUGCUGCUCCUCCGUGAUCCAGUCCAUUGACGCUCCGGUAUCCACCGUGUGGUCCGUCGUGCGCCGCUUCGACAAACCGCAGGGAUACAAGAACUUCGUCAAGAGCUGCCACGUCGUCGCCUCGGGAAACGGCGGAGACGACGGAAUCGGAGUCGGCGCGUUGCGCGAGGUGCGCGUGGUUUCCGGCUUGCCAGCUGAGUCAAGCACGGAACGGUUAGAGAUCUUGGAUGACGAGCGCCACGUCAUCAGCUUCAGCGUCGUAGGCGGAGACCACCGUUUGAGGAACUACCGCUCCGUUACAACGCUUCACGGAGACGGUAACGGCGGAACAGUUGUGAUUGAAUCGUACGUCGUUGAUGUACCGAUCGGUAACACUAAAGAAGAGACUUGCGUGUUCGUUGAUACGAUCGUACGGUGCAACUUGCAGUCCCUCGCUCAGAUCGCUGAGAACAUGGCCAAAACAACCCCUCACAAAUGAAGCAAAAAAAAAAAAGUAACCGUCAUUCAUUUUCUUUUCUUUUUUUUAUUUUAUUUUGAUAUGCUGAGUUGGAAUUUCGGAGAGGAAGAGCAGAAGGAGGGAAGGAAUAAGUGUUACUCUUUUCUUCUCCAAAACUAAAACCUCGCGUUUUUCGGAUUCGGAUUCUGGUUCGGAUUCGGGUCUUUGUUACUGCGAUUGUAUCAUUGAUGAUGCAUGUGCCUGGUGUUGGGAAUUGGUUAGAUCGGUAGGUUUUGGAGGACCGUUGGUCAGAAAGGAAAAUGGUUGAAUGUGAUUAUUCUAUAUAUAUGAGAUGAGAAAUGUUCAUAUAUAUGCCUCAGAUUUUUUCCGUUCUACUGUUGAUUCUGAUCAAGAGGUGCUGCUGUUGCUGCUGAUGCUGCUUUUUUCACCAAAUCGAUGGUGGUUGAAAUGAUAGAGGAUAGUUCAAUUGUGGUAUACUGGUACUAGUUUUUGUUUCUGUAAAUUAAAUUCCUCUUAAUUUGUAGUGGAUUAUUUGAUAAUUCUAUAUCGAUUGGGAGCUUGUUCCUUUUUAGUA